CCUAAAUAACAUCGAAAUAUAAACAACACUUCACCGGCGAGCCGAGGAGCCAUUCUCCGGUCCAGCGGCGAGACAGCGAAAUGGCGGCGUGCGGCUGCUCUCUGCCCUGCUUCAAAUCCUCACCCGCCAAGUCGAUUUCUUCUUUUUCAUCUCCUCCUUCUCAUCCUCUUCACCUACGCCUCACAUCUGUGCCCUCACUUCCCAAGUCUUCUUCUCUGCAUUUGGAUCAAACCCUACCCCGACCUCGCCAUUCCAGACCUCCGCAAGCGUACACUCCCGGUUUCGUGGUUGUGGCGUCGGCGAAUAAGGCGGAACCCUUGAGGAUAAUGAUAUCGGGUGCUCCGGCUUCUGGGAAAGGAACUCAAUGUGAGCUCAUCGCCAAGAAAUAUGAUUUGGUGCACAUUUCAGCUGGAGAUUUACUACGGGCCGAAAUUUCUGCAGGGACAGAAAAUGGGAAGCGGGCAAAGGAAUACAUGGAGAAAGGGCAAUUAGUUCCUGAUGAAGUAGUUGUAAUGAUGGUCAAAGAUCGCCUAAUGCAACCAGAUUCACAAGAGAAGGGUUGGCUUUUGGAUGGAUACCCCCGUAGUUUAUCUCAAGCAACAGCUCUUAAAGAAUAUGGCUUCCAACCAGAUCUCUUCAUUCUUUUGGAAGUGCAUGAAGAAAAACUUGUUGAAAGAGUGAUAGGCCGCAGGCUGGACCCAGUAACAGGGAAGAUAUACCAUUUGAAGUAUUCUCCUCCAGAAACUGACGAGAUUUCUGCAAGGCUCACUCAACGAUUUGAUGACACAGAAGAGAAGGUGAAACUGCGUUUACAGACUCAUAAUCAGAAUGUGGACUCGGUACUUGCGAUAUAUGAAGAUAUCACUUUCAAGGUGGAUGGAAGUGUUUCCAAGGUGGAGGUGUUUGCUCUCAUUGAUGAUGCAUUGGCAAAGGUCCUUGAACAAAAGCAGUCAAAAUUGGGACAUGUGGCAGCAUAAACCAUGGUGAUCAAAAGAUAAAUACAUGUUUGUGAUGAAAGAGAAUCAAUCCUGCAGAGUAAAAGAGAAAGAAGAGUAGUGAUUGGGGAGGUGUGUAGGUUUUGUGGUUAAAUGGCAGUGCUGAUCAUCACAGUUGUUAAACCAAACAUGUUAAAUGUUCUGCCAUUUAUAUGUAUAGAUGUGAGAAAAGAAAACGAAAACAAACUAGAUUAAUGUUGCACCAUCAUUAUUACACUCUUUCUGAAAUUAAUGUAGAACUUGAUUGGGAAUUCUA